GGAUAAACAAGCCAUUUCUGAGCAUAGAAAAUGGUGAAAUUUAACAAAAAAAAUCUCUGCAAAGUCAUCACCUACAGCUGCUCUUUGACGGCCACUUGAUUCACUAUUUCCCUCUCUUUCCGGCGCCGAUUCCAGUGUGGUUGAACUUUCUUCGAAGAAAUGGCAGCCACGGCCUCCCCUACAGCGGCCACCGCCGUUCUGAGACCUUCUCUGGCUGCUUCUCAACCCACUCGCCUCUCCGUUUUACCGCUCCUUCCCCCUCGAUUCGGCUCUCCGUCUUCCUUCUCCACUUCCCUCAAAUUCUCGUUAGAGUCACGUAGAUCGUUUCUGCUUCAAACCCGAGCCUCAUCUUCAGAAGAAUCAUCUGCUGCUGAUGCAUCUGAGCUCUUCACAGACUUGAAAGAAAAGUGGGAUGCCCUUGAGAACAAAUCCACAGUACUUCUCUACGGAGGCGGGGCAAUUGUUGCAGUUUGGCUUUCUUCAAUUCUUGUUGGUGCAAUCAACUCUGUUCCAUUGCUUCCGAAGAUACUGGAGUUGGUAGGGCUUGGAUAUACAGGGUGGUUCGUGUACCGAUAUCUACUCUUCAAGUCAAGCAGAAAGGAACUAGCUGAUGACAUUGAAGCAUUGAAGAAGAAGAUUGCUGGAGCGGAAUGAAUAAGAUGGGUGUAAUAGGUCACUAUGUUCGACAUGCUUAGUUCCUCUUAUUAUCAUUUUGUACUCUAUUCUCUUUCGUUUAUAAGAGGUAAUCUAAAUCAUGUAAUGUGGAAUAGGUUUUGCUUUAAUCCCUGUAACUCAUGUUCCCUUUCAUUGUAUCAUUGUAAUAAGAUUUGUUAAGUUCAUUUAUGGGAAACCCCCCCUUUCUCAAAA